AUGCGCCUGCGUGCACUGAUAUGGUUCGGUAUGUUAUUAAUUGUGUCAACGUCAUCAAGACAAUCUAAGACCGGAGUGGGUAUCCAAUUCAUCGGUGUGCUUACGGGACCCCCAAACAGCCAGUGUACCGGGCUCGUCUCAGCGCGUCUGAUGAACGUCAAAGUGAAGUAUAUGACGGUCCACUCAGAACCUGACUUCCAACACCUCUUCGAGUCCAUGGCGCGGUCUCUGGACGAUUCCACAUACGCGUUGGCUCGAUCUAACGAUGUUGUAUUUGUUUUUGACGCACGAAAUAUCCUCUUCACAAGUAGCGCCCUCGAGUCAAAACUUUUGCAGAAUUUCCAGCGUUAUGCAGAUGAAGAUCUGAUAUACAUACCGCGGUUCGCUCACGUUACGAACGAUUCCGUCUAUGUUGGCAACAUGAUUGCCCUGUGUGAAGGCGUUACUGCAACUGGCAUCAGCAUGAUCGGUACGCGACGAACUUUGAGGCAGUACUUUCAUCAUAAGAGAGGCCAGUACCUUUCAACAGUUGAGUGCCCAAUUGUUCCAGAUCUGGAUGAACACUUCUUCGGAUCAUUUCAUCGACAGGAAUUGAAACGAUCCUCUUCGCCCGCGACAUAUUUUCAUGCUUCUGAUGCGGAAACGGCGUGUGUAGAUUUCGUGAUGUCGAGGUAUCCUACGAUACUGCCGAUCUUAGCGGACGUGUUGCAGAGAAGCGUGCCUCAGCUAGAACACACAAAAUUUCUUCAUAAAAUCAGGAACAUGGACGACUUAUACGAACCGACCAACGUAUCACGUCCGCUAGCUAUAUAUUGGAUCAAUUUGCAAAGUUCAGCGGAUCGUCAUCACUUGAUCAAAUCGCACUUGGAUGCACUUGCGGCGAAAUUUGAAAUACGAUCUGAACGGAUCGUCGCAGUCACAGAGCAGGAAGCUGUGCAGAAUUCAGACGUUUUCUCAGGGUGGUUCCGAUUCACUAAACAUGUUUCGUACGAACACCACACGCAGAAUAUUACUCUUCAAGAACUCGCAUGUCUUCAGUCGCAUCUUCGUGCUUUAGAACGUGCUUUCGUGACG